AAUAAAAUCAAGAUGGCAGGAAAAGGCUGUUUUCUGCAGAUACAUUAGUUUCUGUGAUAUGACUGGCUGUGAAGACCUUUUCCCAAAUAUUCUACUAUUGAGAUAAGUGUGUUGAUUGAAAGGUUUGAUCGAUCAUGUAAAUAUACAAUGACGACAAAAAGAGAUAUUGCCUGAAUAGUAAUACAGCUCCAAAACUUACAAAAAUGAAUUGCAAACAGUCAAAUUUAUCCAGAGAAUAAAAGCGAUCAGCUUCUUUGCAAACAUGAAGCUUGGAUAAAUAUAAUACAUGAAAAUCUAAGCGAAUGCAGUUUGUUAAGAUCACAGCAGAAAACAAUCACCAAAAUGAAUCUUUGUAUUUUUAUAUAUCUUUUUGCAAUAUUAAGUAGCAUAUCUGCUAAGUUGACUUUAAAGGACCUGCCAUUUCGGAACACAACUCUCAAAUGGGAGGUGAGAGUAGACGAUCUUGUAAAACGACUCAAAGUGGAGGAGAUCAUCUCAAUGAUUUCACAUGGUGGCAGCCUGAUGCCUAACCCUGCAACUCCUGCCAUUCCAAGACUAGGUAUCAAACCAUAUAUGUUUGAUGAUGAAUGCCUAAGAGGUGAUGCACAGGCGGGUAAAGCAACUGCUUUCCCUGAAGCUAUCAACCUUGGUGCAACGUUCAAUGCUGACAUCUUUGCUCAAGUUGGCAUGGCAACAUCCUAUGAGUUGAGAGCCAAGAAUAACAACUACACUAAAUAUGGUUACUAUGGGUGGCACUCAGGACUCAGCUGUUUCAGUCCCAUGAUCAACAUUAUGAGACAUCCACUAUGGGGAAGAAACCAGGAAUCCUAUGGUGAAGAUCCAUUCCUGACAGGUAUUGGGGCUUCCAACUUUGUAAAGGGGCUACAAGGUGAUGACAAAAAGGAUCGCUUUAUAAGGGCAAGCGCAGGGUGUAAACACUUUGCUGCCUAUGCUGGACCAGAAAACACCAAAAAUGACUCUGCCAGGAGAUUAAAGUUCAAUGCAAAGGUCAGUGAGAGAGAUCUACAGAUGACACACUACCCCGCCUUCAAGGAGUGCCUGCUGGCAGGCACAUAUAGUGUCAUGUGCUCCUAUAAUAGUGUAAAUGGAGUUCCUUCCUGUGCUAACAAACACUUAUUGACAGAUGUCUUGCGAAAAGACUGGAAGUUUAAAGGCUAUGUGGUCAGUGACGAAGGUGCAAUAGAAUUUCUCAUAUCGCAACAUAAAUAUGUCAACAACUCUGUAGACGCAGCAAGUGCUGCAGUGAAUGCUGGAUGCAAUUUAGAACUUCCAGCCUCUAAAAACAUCUACCUUAAUUUAAAUGAUGCAUUAAAACAGAAGAAAACAACAGAGACGACUCUACGAGAACUCGCCAAGCCAUUGAUUUAUACCAGAAUGAGGCUAGGGGAGUUUGAUUCACCCUAUGAUAAUCCUUGGAGGAGCAUACCUUUGUCUGUAAUUCAGAGCCCGGAGCAUAGAAUGUUGUCACUCCAAGCAGCUAUGCAGAGCUUUGUCUUGCUGAAAAAUCAAAAUGAUUUCCUUCCUAUGGAUAAUAGAAUAAUCCGCCUUGCAGUGGUUGGUCCAAUGGCCAAUAAUUCCAAAGAGCUGUUUGGUGACUACAGUCCAGAUAUAGACCCCAAGUACACAACAACACCAUGGAAGGGCUUGAAUUUCAUGACAGAAUGGGGGAUCCUUGCAACUGGUUGCUCAAGUACUCUCUGCCCAAGUUACAAUGCAUCUGAAGUAGAGAAUGUGGUGAAAUCAGUAGACUUGAGUAUUGUUUGUCUUGGUACAGGGGUGACAUUUGCCAAGGAGGGCCAUGACAGGCAGAAUCUUAGUCUUCCAGGGCAGCAAGAACAACUCAUGAAGACUGUUAUUAAACAUUCAAAGGGACCUAUCAUUCUGUUAGUAUUCUCUGCUGGGCCAGUUGAUAUCAAGUUUGCUGAUGAUAGUGACCGUGUAGUUGCUAUAGUCCAGUGCUUCUACCCAGCACAGGAGGCUGGGGAAGCUAUAAGGAGAACACUGUGGAUGGCUGGUCCUGGUACCUCCUUUGGUGGCAGGUUGCCAUAUACAUGGUAUACCUCUGCUGAUCAGACACCACAUAUUAACAACUAUACCAUGCAUGAGCGCACCUACAGGUAUUUCACUGGAACUCCACUCUACCCCUUUGGUUAUGGAUUGUCUUAUGGAAGGUUUGAAUACACAUCCAUACGACUGAGUAAUCCCACCAUGCAGAAAGGGAAAAGUAUAAAACUCAAUGUCGGUGUGAAGAAUGUGGGACGUUACCAGGCUGAUGAGGUCAUCCAGGUGUACAUCUCAUACCCAAAUGCAACUGUACCUGUCCCUCAACGACAGUUAUCUGGGAUUAAGAGGGUCACACUUAGUCCAGGGGAAGAGAUAAACCAAGAAUUCAGCAUCACAUCUAAGCUACUGGAGGUCUGGCAUGAUACAAAGGGAUUCAUUGUUGAAGAAGGGAAGGUGUUUAUCUGGGUGAGUGGCCAGCAACCAUACCAAAAAAGACAGACAGGAGCUAAUAUUCUCUUUGCUGAAUUUAAAGUCAAGAAAUGAUUGUGGAACAAUCGGGAGACAUUUUUUUGAAAGAUCAUGAAUAACAAUCUAUGAAAUCCGUAUAUCAUUGCAUUGACAAUUUCAAAACGUGAUUGAACUGGAUGCUGCUUGAGGUUUAUCUUUCAUAAUUUUAAGCCCUUUGGUUUGGAUUAAAGUCUCGAUGUCUGCAGUGUUUAAUGCUUCAAAUAUCUCAUUUAAAAUAUGUGCCAUGAACUGGUUAUGCUCUUGAAAAAUAAACUUCUUUGGAAUCUCUAAUACAUGGCAUCCUUGGUCCAAGGCCUCAUCUGGAAGGAUGUCUCUAUGAACAUGAGGGCUAAUUAUUUACAUUGGUAGAUUUAUCUAAAUUGCAACACAAAUCUUGUU